AUGGCCGCCAUCUGGGAGAACAAUGGGCAAGGUCAAUUCCCACUCGAGCAAUGGUUCUAUGAGAUGCCCCCGGUCACCCGGUGGUGGACAGUCGCAACGGUAGCGACCUCGGUGCUGGUCCAAUGUCAUAUUGUGACGCCAUUCCAACUCUUCUACAGCUUCCGCUCCGUCUACGUAAAAUCGCAAUACUGGCGCCUCCUGACAACCUUCCUGUAUUUCGGCCCUCUCAACCUCGACCUCUUAUUCCACGUCUUCUUCCUCCAGCGAUACUCCCGACUCCUCGAAGAAUCGUCCGGCCGUUCGCCCGCACACUUCGCAUGGCUCAUUUUCUAUGCCACUUCUUCCCUACUGAUUAUCUCGCCAUUCCUGUCCAUACCAUUCCUGGGCAGUGCGCUAUCUUCCAGUCUCGUGUACAUCUGGGCGCGACGCAACCCUGACACCCGCCUCAGUUUCCUGGGGUUGCUGGUCUUCACGGCCCCAUACCUGCCCUGGGUGCUGAUGGCGUUCAGUGUGGUGGUGCAUCAGAUUGUGCCCAAGGACGAGAUUCUCGGUGUCGUCGUCGGUCAUAUCUGGUACUUCUUCAAUGAUGUUUACCCGCCCCUGCAUGACGGUCACCGCCCACUUGAUCCUCCUGGCUGGUGGCGUCGGUUGUUCGAAUCUGGACCUAGGCCAGACGAGCGUGCGACAGGUGCAACUGUAAAUCGCGAAUUUGCGGCCGCUGCGGCGCCCGAAGUUCGGUAG